UUUUGCCAUCUCUAUCGCAUUGCAUUUUCAUUAAUUCCUAUUGGAUUUGUUUGAUAUGCCGAAGCAGCUGAUUUUUAAAGAGCAAAAAAUAAAAUUGGUUAACUGGCACCAAAUAAAGUGUUAAUCGUCAGGUGCACGAUUUAUUAGUGCUUAUCGUGAAUUUCUAUUAGCUGUGAUAAGACAAAGAUAUAUUCAUAGCAUUGAAAAGUUCUAAAGCGUAAAACAUAGCAGGUUGUUGCAAGAAAUUGAUAUAUUCUAUUGACAAUAAAUUCGUAAGCGUGUACAUCUCGCCUAUGAGGCGCCAGUAAGUUUGCAACCGGAGAAUCGAUAAACAGAAAGUGUCAUUUCGAAGUUAUUAAAUCCAUAAAUACUUAUGACGUCGCGGCAGAUUCUAAAGUGAAUUUCAUAAUCUUAGCAAAAGUAGUUUCAGAUAUCAUAAACAAAACUGCAAUGAAUAAGCAAGUGAUAACAUUUUGCGUGUCGAUCUUGAUAGUGUUAGACAGUGGUUAUGCUGAAAAUAAUGACCCACUGAUCUUUUCCACUAAUGACUGCGAGUUAACAGAGCCUGUUUAUGGGGAGAAAUUCAACCUCAAAGCCUUGCACUCCGACAUUGCAAAGGUUGUGAAGGGCGGCAAGAACGACACAUUCGAGUAUAAUAUUUGUGGCAGCUUGGGCCGGGCAUGUAAUGGUGAUAACAAUGCAUCUGCUUGCCUUAGGAGAGGCAAUCAGGAGUUUGUGCUUGGCACUCAACACCAAUUGAACUAUCGGCGGGGCAAAAUGUACUUUGAAUUUAGCAAUGGCGCCAAGUGUGCCAGCGGCGAUGGCGAGUUUAAACUGUUUGUGUUCCUUGGCUGUGACUACACACUGGAUGCUAAACAAUCGAAAGUGACAUUAUAUUCCGCCAAUGCGUGUAAAUUCUAUAUAUCGUUAGAGACACCAUAUGCCUGUUUGCCUGAACCCGAGACGGUUAAAUCGAGUGGUUGCAGUGUGCAGGACCCCGUUACUGGACACAAUUAUGAUCUGCUUGCGUUGAGUGACUUUAACUAUAGAACAAGCGAUCGACAUGGCAAUAUAUUUACGGUGAACAUUUGCAAGCCAGUGCUGUAUGGCGAGAUGGCAAUGUGCCCCAAAGCGAGUAGUGUGUGUUUAGUAAAAUUAAACUCCACCGACUACAAAAAACGGUUUGUUGACUAUGGCACCGUGCAGCCCAAUCCUAUAUUAGAAAAUGGCAAUUUGCUCAUGCGCCUGCCAUCCCCAACACCUUAUAAUGCGACACAUAAUUACUCCUCAACAAUACACUUCAUAUGUGAUAAUGAGAUAAAGAGUUCUCAAUUGUCAUUUAUUGGCGCCAAAGAAAACGUGUAUGACUUUUCGUUUACCACGCCUUUGGCCUGUAAUAACAAUCCACCAUGCACCACGAUAACCCAUGGCAAUGAAGUUUUGGAUAUGCGAUCGCUGCAGGGUAAGACAUACGAGUUGUCAAUGCCUUUAAAAAAUUAUACGUUUGGCAUCUGUUCGAAUGCGGGUCAGCCGUGCUUGUCAAAUGAUGGCUCUUGCCUCGUCGAGAAUCAGCAAACCACCAGUAUGGGCCGAAGCAAUUCACAACUACGUUCCGAUCGUUCCGGCUCACCGUAUUUGCUGUACACGGAUGGAGCACUUUGUGAUGGGCAAAACAAGUGGUCGACGAGAAUUGAGUUUGUCUGCGCCAACAAUGCGACCAAAGACAAUGGGACGGCGAACGGUAACGGCGACAGCAAUGCAUUGGGUCCGAAAAUAAUCGAAAAUAAAAAUUGCCAACUACUAAUUCACUUUCAAACACCAUUGGCUUGUCAUGAGCAGAUUGCUUGCAAAGUCAAAGUCUAUGUUGAGCAUUCGGAGGACGGCACCGGUGAGGAGGUGGUCGAUUUAACGCCAUUGAUUAGUGUAACGGACAACUAUGAAGCCGAAAUUAAUAAAGCAUCGAUAACGGAACAACAAGUGCCUAAAUCGACCAAGUUUUUCCUCAAUGUCUGCCGUCCGUUGGUGCCGAAAUUCGGCUUGGGUUGCCCGGGUGGCUCGGCAGCCUGCAUGGCUAAGGUGGAUUCGUCGUCGGCGACACCGGAGGAGGAGAAGGUGAGCUUACGUGCAUUAAAGUAUUUUUCAAAAUUUCACUUCCAAAUUUAGUGGAACGUAAACAAG